UCCCCUGCGGCAGAGGGCGCAUGCGCACAGGGUCAAGAUGGCGGCGCGUGUGCUGCUCCGCGCCGCGGCCGGGCUCCGUGGCCAGCGCCGCCUGCUCGUCCUCCGCCUGGGCGCGCCGGGAGCGGUCGGGCCGGCGCAGGAAGGCAGGCUUGGCCUGGCGGGGGCGGCCUGGGCCGGGGUGCAGCAGCUGCCCGCUCCCACCCGGCGACCUCCGUGGGUCCGCGGCUACUCGGACGCGCCGACGCUGACCUUGAAGAGCAUCCACGACCAGGUGCUCUACGUGCUGAAGCUCUACGACAAGAUCGACCCCGAGAAGCUGACGGUGGAGGCGCACUUCAUGAAAGACCUGGGCCUGGACAGCCUGGACCAAGUGGAGAUCAUCAUGGCCAUGGAGGACGAGUUCGGGUUUGAAAUUCCAGACGCGGCGGCAGAAAAGCUGAUGACUCCUCAGGAUAUUAUGGAUUAUAUUGCCGAUACGCAAGACGUGUAUGAUUGAGCUUCUCAAGUGGAGUAAGUGGACAUCGUUUUGCCAAGGCUGUUGGGUGUGAAGCCUGCAGGAA